CCCAAAGGAAUAAGUAUCAGGCCAGCAACAGAGAUGGAGCUGCUCCAUGCUAUUGUCUGCAUUCUUGAAGCACUUGUGGCAAUGAACAGGGGCAAACAUCCAAUCUUCCAUCGUGACAUAAGAUGGCCAAAUAUUGUCCGGAUCCAUGAACCAUUGAAGUGGAUUUUGAUUGAUUGGGAUGAUGCCUGUGGUAUACCAUCUCAAGCAGCAUAUCAUUUAAGUGCUGCAAAUCAUGCACCUGAAGUAUUUCAAGAUGGUCAUAGGGCAGAUGUUGACAUGUGGGGCGUGGGAAACCUAAUAUGUGAAGCAAGUCAGUUUCUGCUUAAUAUCUCACCAGAUGUCACUGCUGCUGGAGAGUGGAUGAAAAUUACACCCAGGCCAACAGCUAAAGUUGCUUUGGAAAAAAUUCAAGAGAUACAGGCAUCACUUGUUGGUAAUAGAAAGAAGUUCAUGAAAGAUCAAGAAUGGCAAUCAAAACAACU